UUGGCGAUGAGCCCCAAUCAAGUCUUAUUUACUUUGAAUUGAAGAAGGCUGCAGCUCAUCCAGAGCUUAAUGUCCUUUAGACAGUCAGACGGCUUCGAGCAGUGCCCCUCUGUUACAUGGAAAAACACAAGUCAGCAUACAACAAGCAACAACUGGGUUUACAGAACGCUGGCGGAUAGGUUUACCGAGAGCGUGUAACUGGAAUAAAAUUGGUUCCAGUAUGGAGAUAUAAAGUGUUUUGAAGCUCAUCCAUGAUGGAACCCAGUUUGACCCCAGGGCCCACCCACUUGGACGGGACUGUGGUGCUACAGAUUCCCCUGAUCUACAACAACACAAAGGAGAACUGGGCCAGAAGUGAUAAUCACUGAAUAAGGAGCGAUGCCUAGCUUGUUAUCUGAAGGUCUGACUUCAGCCCCAUGUCUUCUACUUGUAGUGAAUUGUCCAUAGGCGAUGUGCAGGACCCAUUUCUGGUUAGCGUCCAUAUCAUCACCGACCCGGGGAACGGCAGGACCCUCCAGAAAGCCAUGGAUAAUGUGCUGGCCUGGAUCCGCCCGGACCUGCAGCUCUUCCGUGUCUCUGAGCGAGGCUGCUGGAAGAAGCCAGAGAGGUGCAGGACUGGAAUCGUGAUCCAGCCCUCGCUGGCCAUCAUCCUGUUCCUGCAGGAGGAGUACGGAGAGGAGCAGUUCCAGCAGCUCCACCAGUCCCUCCGACGCCCGCCUUGGCAGUACCACCACACAGAGAAAGUGAAUGGCCGCAUGUUGCCCUACAUGCCGUACAACCAGGACUUCUUCACCCUGUCCGGCAGCACCCCACUGUGGGCCAUCCGUCAGGUGCACUAUGGCAAGGAGAUUGUGCGCUUCACUAUCUACUGCAGCCACGAGAACUUUGUGGACAUGGUGAAGAUGUACCAGCUGAUCCUCAAGAGGGAGGUGUCUCAGAAAAAGGGGGAUUUCUGCUUCUUCAUUGUCUACUCCAACAUGAACAUGGAGAUCCAGCUCUCCCUGAAGAGGCUCCCCAAGGACCAGUACCCCACCCCCGCCGAGUCUGCAAUCAUCGAGUUCCGCGUCAAAGAGAUCGGCCAGCUGGUCCCCCUGCUUCCCAAUCCCUGCACCCCCAUUAGCGAUAUCCGUUGGCAGACGGAAGACUAUGAUGGAAACAAGAUUCUUUUACAGGUCCGAGGCUCAUCCAGAAACUCCCAUCGGAGGCCCAUUCUUUCUCAGCUCGACCCCCAGCUGGAGUCAUCCUACACGGCACCUGCCACGAACACUCACCGCAGCCGGGGGCCUGCCUCCUAUCGAAACAAACGCUACCAAAAGCUGCAGCCACCCUCCCGCUCCAAACAGCACCACCGGCUCUCCCAGCAGGACUUAUCCAGCUCUUGCCAGGGCGACGACAGCAGCCAGAGGAGCAGCAGCACUUCCGAGACCUCCCGGACGGUGCAGAGGAGCUGCUCCCUGUACUGCCUGCCGACUGUCAGACACUCCCCAUUCCCAGCCCCCUCGCUGCUCUCCAGCAGCUUCUCUGACAGGACUGCGGCCUUCCACUUCAACAUUGACGACCUGGAGGAUGCUGAGGAGACAGACGUGGACACUGGGCUGAAGCUCACCAGCUCUGACAUGUCUGUGGUCUCUGCCUACACCAGGCUGGCUGCUAAUUUCCAGUCAUUUUCUUCUUCUCCCGACAAGGUUUACAGACACCCGCCGAGAGCCAUACCCCUUCGGACGCGGCCUCUUUCAAUGCAUAACAACCCUCUCCCUUCCUACUCCGGCCUCUCCUGCGGCUCUCUCCCUUCUCUCUCAGAUAUCUCCUUCUGCGGCUCCUCUUGCCCCUCGUCUCUCAAACCACAGCGGCCUCAAAGUGCGUCCAACCCCUCGCACAGACUGACCCCCUCGGCCCUCAGGCACUCUGGAGACAGUGGACACAGCACAGAGACUGAGAGCAUCACCCUCCGACAACAAGCCGGAAGUCACAAUCUGCCAGAGGAGGAUCCUGAGCAGGAAUUCUACAUCUAGAAUGCUGACCUGUCACUAAUGAAUGGGUUGUUGUAAAAAGCUCAGACCUAGGGAUCAAACCGCAGCUCUGUGACUGUCCCUCCUUAGUCAAGUGUCGCCUGGCCACAAAACUGAGCAAAACUGAACUGAAGACAAGACAAGCUGUGAAAUGUGCUAGGGUUUAAACACAGUCUGAUUAUUUGAUCUUUACAGCACUAAAAAUAAAUAUAUUCUAAGCUGUGCUGCCAGAGCAUACUUACUGUAAACUAAAGGAAUUCCUUAACUGUAUGUUUGUUAAUGUUUGGUGGCUUUGUCUAAUCAAGUUGAGAGUGUAUUUCUCACUCACUCUCUGCUUUGUCAUACAAAGACUGCAAGAUAAAAGUGUCUGCCAAAUAAUUAAAUAAAUAAUAUUGUAAUAAUAAAGUACACUCAACUUGAGUAGAAGUAGCCACUGAAAACUUACAAACAUAAAAGUCUAAAUCUAACUAAAAAAACAGACAAACCUGAUAUUAAUGUACUUCCAUCUGUUUUUAUAGAACAUGUUGCAGUUUAAUCAUUUUAAAAUGCUUUGUCAUGGACCUACAGAUCUACACUCUCAGUGAAAUUAUAAGUGUAGUUACUGCUAAUAGGUUCCAGUGGGCACAUGUCUUAUAAUGACUAUUACAGCAACAAUGUUUCUUUUGAACCAGUUGUGAAUUUCUGAAGUGAUGCGGUUUCAGAAAUAAAACCGCCAGUGUGUGCAGCUGUGUGUGCACACAUGUAGUGUGUGCAGCUGUAAUAUCUGCCCUGCUUACAACUGUGGAAACUGGGAGUUAGUAAAUGGGAAAGCUCUAUACAAAUGUAAAGUAUCCCUUUAAGGGCUAUGGGGGAGACUGCUCACUGCAGACAGAAAUAAAGAGGGUGUGGCUCGCACAACCUGCAGGAAUCACAUGAUUUAUUUCACUUGCAGAAACAAGUCAACACGGUCAGUGUGAAAAGCGUAGGAGAAUCACAAGCAGGAAACUCAGAAAGGUCAGCUGGAAAGCUUGUAAAGAAGAGGGCAAAUUGGUCUGGACCAAAUAAAUAAACAAACAAACAAGCAGUACUGUGGAGUAGCAGUUUGGGCUUCUGGGGGUACAGUGCAUGUUAUGCUUUCAUGCACAAGGAAUCAGUUCUAUAGCUUGGGUACUUCUGAGUAAAUAAAGAAAUCCUCUGUAUGAAUUUAGCUGAGCGAGAGCUAAUGGAUGAGGAGGAUGGAGGAAGACACUGGCUACAGAGAGAGGCAGGAAGUUUGGGUUUGAUUAUGGGAUCAUUUCUGUUGUGCGGUUUUAGUUUUUUGUAAGUUAAAGCCCUGGCUUCACUGUUUGGGGGUAGGAUUCAUGCCUCUAAAUCUUACACAUACAAUGCUCCACAUUGUUUUACAUACACACUCUUACACAUACAAUGCUCCACAUUCUUUAACACACACACACUUUGUAGCUUUUAGGGAAUGUAAAGCAGCUGACCUUCUCCAAAACCAAAUGCGCAUGCUUUCUAAAUUCCUCUGGUGUCAUACAUCAUACUCUCUCUUACUUUCAGUUGGUGUGUAGAAGUGUGCUUUGUAUAUUUAAGUUGCAUUAGUUUUUCAAAUGAACUGUUUCAAGGCAAGUAGUUAAUUGAUAAAUAAAGUCAAAUUGUGCCGCUGAGCAAUAAAAUUGUUGUAUCAGUUACAGUUUUACGUAAAGCCCUGCUUUAGAAAACAUAAUGAAUCAGAAGAAAGGAUAAUACAACUUCAUGAAUUAGUGCCAUGAUGUAUCCCAUCAUCAUGAUAUAAUUACUUUAAGUGAAUCUAUGACAGCGUUAUGGUUAAUGUUGAUUGGAUUGCAUGGUUGCACAAAAAAAAAAAAAAAAAAUAGGUAAUUCACUGCUUACUAGGAUUCUAAUAAGGGGUAUUUUAAUGACUGGAGGAUUUUUACAAAAGGAAAGGUUGAUGGUAAACAGUUCCAAAAACUAAUGCUGCUUCCCCAAAUCUGGAACAAACAAACUUAAUUUUAUUUACUGGCUCAUUUGCGCCCCCUUGUGGACAAUGAACGUGUUUCAAAUAGGUGGUUCUGCUCUUGCCUCAUAAUGUACUUAAUAUAACGGUUUAAUGUUAACAUAAUAUCAAUGUUUAAUAUAGAACUGGGUCAUUUGAUAGGACAGUUUUACAGAUUUGUUUCUCCUCAAAGUAUAUUGAUCACACACGUUAUGUUGAAUUAUUUUUUUUUAAUUUUAUUGGAAUGUACAGUACUUCCCAUCAGGUAUACAUUAAAUAAAAAAUAGUUAAAUCUAGUUAAUUCUCUUUUAGAGUGAUUUAUGGUAAGCCACAGUGACAGUUUCUGGAGUCAUUUAAUCAAAAACCUUUUUUGUAGUACAAGUGCUACCUAGGACCAGACUGCAAUUUUGUUGCAGGUGUUUCAGUGGGUUAUUUUAUGACUGGCUGUUUAUUUUGGAAUUUUUUUUUAAAACAACAACAAAUUUUUGUUGUUAUAAAGGUAAAUGUACUUAAAGAGAAUAAAUGAGAACCGUCUUAGUGCAAGACUAAAGAAAAAAAAAAUGUAACCAGAUAUGUUUUGGCUUGCAAAAUGUAUCCUGGAUGUAUUGUGAAAUGUCAUUGUUUGAUGCUUAUUCCGUCUCAUCAUUAAAUAGUAACAUCUUCACUUGA